AUGACAAAAUUAGGAGUGCACGGCGAAGGUCCUGAGGAGAAGGAAAAGGAAAAGAGUGAGACUGGUGAGACCGUUAAAGUCGAUCCGAAGGUCUUCACUGUCCUUCAACCCACGGUAAUUCCUAUCCCAGCUCCACCACCACCACCGUCACCACCACGUCGAUCCGCAGUCAGCAUUCUCAUUCGUGGUCUUCUACUGUUUUUGCUGUUCGUCGCCUGUUUCACCGCUGGUUUAGUGCUCAUCUAUGGAGUUGAUACUAUCUACACAGGAAUUUUCGGGGCCGAUGUCGAUCAACCAACGACAACCGCAGCUCCAGAACAACUCGGUCUCGUGAAUCCUAUGCGAAUGAGCCAAAAAAGUGAUGAGAAGGGAAUGGGUAGUGAUGAUGAGGUAAAAAUCUUCCUAAACUCCGUCCCUGUUGCCAAAGUAAUGGUCAUCGAAGGUGGAAGUAGUGCGGAAGGGAAAGAUUCUGCACAAAAGGAAACGAAUGACCGACCAGUACAUCCAUAUGAGGCACAAGAGGCACCAUUCGAUGCAUUCAAUAGACAACCAGUUAUGAACUUCCCACCACCGAUGCUUGCACUUCAAGCCAGACAGAUGGCUUAUGCUCAGGCUGUUCGACAAUGGAGACUGCGCCGACUUCAGCAGGCGAUUUUCGAGCAACAGAUGUUACGCGAAGCUAUGGCGAGAGCGGAAUGGGCAGAACACCAACGACGACUCGCAAUCGAGGAUGAGCUUGCACGUUCCAUUGCACAAGCACGUUGGGAGCAGACACAACGCGCAAAGGCCGCCGAAGAAUAUCAGGCAGAAAUGCAGCGAGCCCAGUGGGCACAGGCUCAACGUGCUAUGUGGGAACGUGCACAGAUGGCACAAAUGCAUUCACAAAUGCAUUGGCAGCAUCCAUGGUGGAUUCGUAAUCGUCAACUACAACAACAGCAACAACAACAACAACAACAACAACAACAACCUCAGCUCAUCUACCAGCAACCACAAUUUCAGCAGCAAUGGUACUACUACCCUCAGCAGCAAUAUUAUUCACAGCAACAACAGCAAGCCGUACAGUACUACCAGAACCAGCAGCCACAGUGGGUAAAUAACCAACAACAACUUCAACCACAACCACAACAGCAGCAGCAACAAUUGCCUCAAGCCAACAUCGCUUUCCCCCGAAUCAUCGCUGAACAUCAGGAACCUCAAAUCCCUAUGCGACCCCAUGAUGCCUCACCGGCACAGAUUCUCUCAAUGCAGCAACCAACAGUUCCUCCAGCACCCGAAAUGGGAAUGCAUGAUAAGAUCUACCAGGAGAUGCAGAAGAAAUCACAGGGAAUGGUUUUCAACGCCCCCAACAGGCCAAUUUGGACUGCUAUCACUCCAACCCCCGAAACUCCCGGAAACUAUGACCAUGACGCCAUCUUCCAGGAUAACCUCCGCAAAAUCCAAGAACAACAGACCACUACCGUCGCUCCACCAAACCCAUCGACUGAAAAAGUUGCCGAGAUUAAGCAGGUUGAAAGCGAUAACGUCUUCCGUGACAUCCUCUCCGUAUUCGAUGAGGCUGAAAAGAAAGAAGAUACUGUGGCCACAACCACCGAGAACAUCUUCAAAGCUUUCGACGACGAUAAGACAGCAGUCACAGAGGGUGUAAAGACGAUAAAAACGCCCGUCAGCGAUGUGGUCGACAACGCUGCUCAGGUGGAGACCUCGACUGAGAACAUCUUCAAAGCUGUAGAAAACCAAAAACCCGAGGAGAACAUCUUCAAAAUCGUCGAAGAACAGAAGCCAAUAAAUCCAGUUGAACUGGAGAAAUCCGAGGAAAUUCACGUACCAGACCCAGAUGAAGAUGAGGGACCAUCGGGACCUGUUGUCGUUGAGGAUCGAUUCCCUCGUAUUGAGGAUCGUACGACCGUACCAACAGAGGCAUCGACCGAAGCAGCUAGCCCAGAACAGCAAGAAAGCGAUGAGGACAUGGAACAUGACCCAUUGGCUGCUUUUCUGAGAUAUUUCGAACAGGAAGCUCAAAAAAUCAACGAGGCUAGAGCUAAGCCGGCUGUUGUGGAUAGCGAAGUGCACAAGGAGGAAGUAAAACAGGAUCAGCCAGCAGCAGUAGAUGUACCUGAACCACACUUCGAAGAAUUCCAACAACCACAACAAGUCCCUAGACUCGUUUCUGUUUAA